GUCUAAAGACAGCAUGUACCAUGCCCUUGGCUAUAGCACUAUUUUAGUUAUGCAGGCUGCUAUGACCUUCGAGCACCAGGAUAUCCAAAUGGGGAUUUCUACAAUGAAGGAAGCUUUACACACCUGCCAAAGAUUCAGGAAAAGAAGCACAGUGGUAGAGUCUUUGUCCAGUCUGGUUUCUAAACAGUCAAUGGAUCAGCUGAGUGAAGAGGAAAUGCAUGCAGAAAUCUGUUAUGCUGAAUGUUUGCUACAGAAAGCAGCACUCACAUUUGUACAGGAUGAAAAUAUGAUCAACUUUAUCAAAGGUGGCCUCAAAAUUAGGACAAGUUACCAAAUAUACAAAGAAUGUCAUCAGGUGCUACAGAUGACUCAGGGCAACAAAAAUAAAAAUGAAACCUACCAUCAGUUUGAAGGAGGAGUAAAACUUGGAAUAGGAGCAUUCAAUUUGAUGCUGUCCCUUUUACCAGGAAGGAUUCUCCGACUUCUAGAAUUUAUUGGGUUUUCUGGCAAUAGGAAAUUGGGCCUCCAUCAGCUGCGGGAAGGUGCUUCUGGUGGCAGUUUGAGGGCCAUACUGUGUACUUUUACCCUGUUGGUAUAUCAUACUUACGUCUCUUUAAUCCUUGGUAUAGGGGAAGCCAACCUUCAGGAAGCAGAGACUCUUCUUGAACCCUACCUCCAGAAGUUUCCAAAUGGUUCCAUCAUUUUGUUUUAUGAUGCCAGAAUAGAUAUACUGAAAGGAAAUUUUGAAAAGGCACAGUCAAAAUUCCAAGAAUGCAUUGCUGCUCAGCAAGAGUGGAAACAGAUUCAUCAUCUCUGUUAUUGGGAACUGAUGUGGUGCUACUCAUUCCAGCAGAACUGGCUUCAAGCAUAUCGGUAUGCAGACCUGCUCUGCAAAGAGAGCAGGUGGUCUAAGGCAAUAUAUGUAUUCCAGAAAGCUGCAAUUUUGUGUAUGCUUCCAGAUGAGGAUGUGAAAACAACUGGAGAAGAUAUUGUGUCUUUGUUCAGACAAGUGGAUGGUCUAAGACAAAGAAUUGCAGGAAAAUCUAUCCCAACAGAAAAGUUAGCAGUGAGGAAAGCUCGACGCUAUAAUGGUGCUCAGCCAGUGAAGCUUAUACUACCUGCCCUGGAAAUGAUGUAUGUCUGGAAUGGAUUUGCAAUCGUAGGCAAAAGGGCUGACCUCACAGAAAGUUUACUGAUAACAAUUGAGAAAGAAGAAACUGCUUUACAGAAUCAAACUAGUCGCACUGAAUAUUUUAUAGAUGAUUUGUGCUUGCUGCAGUUACUAAAAGGCCUUUGUUUGAAACACCUAGGAAGACUCUUGCAAGCUGAACUGUGUUUUAAUCAAGUUAUCCAAAGUGAGAAGCAGAUAAAAUAUGAUAACUAUUUGGUGCCAUUCACUCUGUAUGAGUUGGGACUUCUAUACAAACAGCAGGACCAGAGAGAGAAAGCAAUAAGAUGUAUAGAAACUGCAAAAAACAACUACAAAGAAUACUCCAUGGAGUCCAGGUUACACUUCAGGAUUCAUGCAGCCCUUGACAGCCUGAAAGUGACUCCAGCUUCUACGCCUUGA